GCGGGGAGCGGCGGGUGUUGCGCGGCGCAGCGGCGGCGGCGGCUCCGCUUACUCCGCCGAACCCGGCCCCGCUGGUACCGGCAUCGUGGAAGACACGAGCUCCUGAAACAAUUGCUGACCUGGUGCAGCUUUUGGGGCUAAUUGCAGUGGAAGUCAGAGCACAAGAGCUGCGCUGGGCAGCCUUUCAGCUCACGCAGGGAAGAAGCUCAACUGUUCUGAUUCCAGCCCUUCUGGUGGAUUGUCCAUCUCGGCCUUCACUUCGUGGCGUCAGCCGCUCAUAGAGAUUAAAGGAGAGCUGUCCUUUUCCAAGCCGGAGAGCGCAUCUGCCUGUGUGCUGAAGGCAGUGGUGUGAAGGUGCUCUGGUCAGAGGCAAUCCUAGCUGGCAUCCCUGGCAGCAAGUGCGCCCUGCGAGACGGUAGCCACCACUGCUCUGCUGCAGGAGGAAGGAUUCUUGCGUGCUGGGGCCUGGAGCUGAUGGCAGACAAUGUCAACAACUAACAACAUAGCGCAGGCCCGGAAGCUGGUGGAGCAGCUCCGCAUCGAAGCGGGCAUCGAGAGGAUCAAGGUCUCGAAAGCAUCUUCCGAGCUAAUGAAUUACUGCGAGCAACAUGCAAGGAACGACCCACUGCUGGUUGGAGUGCCCGCUUCGGAGAAUCCUUUUAAGGACAAAAAGCCUUGUAUCAUCCUAUAGCUUUCCUCGCUCUGGCGUGUGCGUUCUCUCAGGCAGGGCACCCUUCUCCAUCAACUGAAACCAAGCUACAAACGUACAACUGCGCGGAGGGGUAAACACUAAAUGUUGGAUUCAAAUAGAACUUAAAUCUUCAAAACAAACAAACAAAAAUUGGAAGGGGUUUAGGGCAGUGUGGCUGCUCCUGGGCAGGAGUUGCAUCAAGAAGGGGCAAAACAAAAAAAAACAGGGGUUAAAAAAACAGGGUUGAGGGGUGGGGGGAGUCUUUUUAAUAGCAACGUUGGAAAUCGGUCCCGGGGUGGUGGAGGCAGUGGAGGUUUUAUUGAAUCCGCCCAUGGGAUGCAAGACCUGAGCAUUGGGACCACACGGGGAGAGGCUUUGAGCAAAGCUCGAAGUGGGUCUGAUCCAAUUAGUUUCCAAUUAGCGCGUCGGUGCAAGGGUUUGCUCUGUUUCUUGAGAGGGAACAAGGGAAAAAAACACCAACCAGAGCACAGCUUGGCAAAGCACUGUGCAAAUGGAUAAACCAAGGCUGGGGAGCUCCCUCCCUGUGCCACACAGCUCUGCUUGGAUGAGGGGAUGGCACUGCGGGGAAACACUCUCUGCAAGGGGAUGGCACCGUGGGGAAACGCUCUCUGGUGUCACAUCCCUCAGCCGGGAGAGUUUCCAUGAGUGGCAUUAGGAAGCUAGGGCCAUGGGAGAGGCUGGGCUCGAGCCCCUUUGACCACUUCUGGGAUUUCUCUCUCCUCUUACCACUGGUUCUCCUGAGCGGGGCUGCACUGGGGGCAGGGGGACGGGGCUUUCCAUCAUGCAGCAGCACGGAAGAAAUCAUUUAAAAUGGGCCUUUUGGAGAGUUUCAGCCCAAAACACUACAAUUGGUGGAUUUACCAGCAUUUCCCAUCUCACUUUUUCUCCUGAGAGUGGCAGGUUAGAAGUCAUUCUGCCCAGUUAAUCUGGGAAAUGAGCGUAAGGCUGUAGAAGAACUAUUCCAUUCACUUCCCAUCCCUUGGAAGUCUUGAAAUGCAAUUGAAAUGGGAAGCGCUUUGUUUACUGACAUUAAACGCAUGUGUGGGAUAACGCAGCGCAGAGCAGCCAAUGAGGAAGAGGAGAGAAGCAGGAGAGCCUUCCUCCCUCUGCCCUUCACGGAGCAAUGGCAGCGAUGGAGCCGGGCAGCUCUGAGCCAGGGAGCUCUGAGCCGGGGCAAGCGGAUGCUCAGAGGAAAGAUCAGAGCUCAGGGAAGUCCCAACUGCGUCGCUGGAGCUGAUGCCCCAGGUCUGCUGCAGCCGUCAGAGCCGCGGCAUCACUCACCAGCUUCCAGCUUUGCCGGGAAAAGGAUGAGUCCUGUGCAUUGGGUUUAGAUGACCGAGCCUGGGCUGCAUCCGCGAGCAGAGCCCAGAGCUCGGUGGCUCCUUGGGAGAUGACAAACGCUCCCUACAGAAGGCAGAGACACAGUUUGGUUAUCCUGGGGUACGCUGGUGCCCAUUCACGGUUAUCCUGAACACAGGCACCCCAUGCUCCUGCCCAGAGAGAGGUGGUGCCAAGUUCCAGGUUUGGGAAGAGAAGCUAAAAAAAAAAUACACCUGAUUUGAAAUCCUGGGAAUUUUCCCAUUCCCCCAGUGCUUUGGAUGUGAUUUGAAACGCCACAACCUUCCGCUGGGAUGGAAACCACACAUGGCCAAGCCCUUCAUGGUGACAGAUCCACCAGGAGCACGCAGCAGAGUGAGGCUGGAGGAGAUCCUGAUUCACCGAAGCCGCUGAGCCAUGCUGACACUUUCCACCGUGGUUCGGUUGGAGGGAGGGAACCUCGCAGCCCAUACUGGAUGCUCAGGCUGCUCCAGGAAGGGCACUGGGAGGCUUUGCUGGCCACGUUCUGGAGGCUGACGGAGUUCUGGGGGCGUGAGGAGCUGCCCAGGGCGAUGCCAGGUCGUGGUCCAGGCUGGAAGGCAAAGGCAGGGAGAGGAGCAGAGCCCGCAGCCUCAUGGCUGGGACCCGGGGAAGGCAGAUUGGCAUCUUUCAGGAGGAAGAACAGUUCGGAGAGUCUUCUUCCCACGAUGCCGAGGUGGGCUGAACGCAGCCGACCUCCAGCACCAGCCAGCCACGCAGAAGGCUCAGCGGUGCCGGUGGAGGCUGUGGUUUGCAGAGAUGCUCCAUUUCCAUUUCUUGGUUGCAGAUAUCUCACCAUUGCUGGUUUUAUGUACGCCAUCGCUUGCCUUUGUAAAGGAAGUUGAAACCCCCCCUGUCUGUAACCCAAACGCCAACCACAGCUCCCGCUGCGUACGUGUUGCCACCGCUUUCCUAGGUCCUUCGCUGACUGGAGCGUUUCAAACCUCCCCACUGCGUCCUGGGCUUCUGACCUGGCACCGCCGUGGCACUGGGUUGCUGGUGUCCCAUAGGAUUUCAUCCCACCCCGAUGGAAGUGCAGGUGGAGCAGAGGGAAGUGGAUUUAUCUCUCUGUAUGGCCAAGCUGUCCCCGGCCCUGCUCACAUCCCAGCUUGGCACCACGUCUGGCAGCCUCCAGCAACCCUGGCACUGCACUGGGAAGCGUCCAGCAGCCCCGUCGCUGCGUUCGGCAGCCCUGGCACCUCACUGAGCAGCGUCCAGCAGCCCUGGCACCACACUGGGCAGUGUCUGUCAGCCCUGGCACAGCGCAGGCAACGCCGCCUUGUUUUCAUUUCAAAUCCUUCAUCCAGCAUAACUCCAUGCUCUCAAAUGCCACAUCCGUAGUGGGAAGCGAGCAGGGUCCUGAGGUGCGCCUGGGUUUUGCCACAGCAGGGCUUUCUCUUCUCCACGAGGGAGUUCCCUCUGUCCUUAAUCUCGUACAAUUCCAGCCUUAUUUUUCUACUCCAGAUUGCUGAUUCUUCCUCUAUGUUAGAGACCAGCGCAUGGUGCUAUAGCUGGUGACACAGGCAAGUGCCCAAGCCGCAGCUCAGCCAGAACCUGCACGGCGGUGAGCGAGUGGCCGGCGUUACCGCAGCAGCCGCAUUGCUGCUCUGCUCCAGACCCGGGCGGGGACUGUGUCCGCCCACCCUUCAUCAGCUCGUGCUGUCCGCAGGGGCUCCUCGACCCAGAUCCAGGCGGGUGCCAGCCCUGCCUGUGUCCUGCGCGCUGCCCUUCCACAUCCUGCCCUCCCCAGCCCCUGGGAUCACGGCAGGGCAGCUCGCUGCGGGAUGCUCUGAUGGCAGAUGCGAUGGAUGGUGGCGUUCACUCUGCUGGUGAACACCACGAGAUGCUGUGCCGGUGAAUGCUGUGGGAUGCUCUGUGGGUCAAUGCUGUGGGAUACUCUGCCAGGAAACACUGCAAGAUACUCUGCUGGCAAAUGCCAUGGGAUGCUCCUCUGGCAAAGCCAACCAGGCGCACCAUGGUCCAGCAAAUCAGGGUCAACUCACCUCCCCCUUAUCCUUCCUGAGUGGUGCCUCUGUGCCAGCGGUGGGAUGGCCAACGGUGGGGGAGGCGGCAGGGGUAGAUCCAGCAUGCGGCGGGAGCAGGGAGCAUCUGCUUGGGUCCCCUGGGUGCCUGGGAAUGGGGGCUCCUGGCACUGGGAUGCCGGCGGCUCCUGGCACUGGAAUACCAGUGGCUCGCGGCACAGAGAUGCCGGGGUCUCCCAGCACAGGGAUGCCAGCGGCAGCAGGGUCCUGCCGGGAGCCGAGCAGGAUGGGCAGGGGGCUGCCGGUGGGUGCUGGUGUCUCUCCGUGGGUGACUCAUUAGGUGGAAAAAUCCUCGACCUUUUAUUUUCUUCUUCUUUUUUUUUUUUUUAUAAUUUUCUCCGCAUCUGAGUAAAUCGGUGACCAUUCUGUAGGUGUUUUUGUAUAGCAUAAAUAUAAGUGCAAAUUACAGUAGUUGCUUGUACUUUGUUAGUGCAUUUGCCAAAAAAAAAAAAAAAAAGGGAAAAAAAAUCACAAAAAAAGACACUUUCCAGGACUUUUUAAGUGCUCCGGAUGGCGAAGGGGGAGCGGGCGGCCUCCCUUGUGCCGCUGACGGGGCGUGGGGCUGGCGGCAGCCCCGGCUCCACAAAGGCCUUUUUUGGGAUGUGAACACAAGUCCCAAUCUGCCCGGCGUUUCUUUUUAGCCUGUGGCAAAGCUGUUGCCAAAAAUAGAAAGGAGAGAGACUGGAAAAAGAAAAGGGAGUGAGGAAUCGUUGCUUCUGUUUAAUUAUUUUGUCUCUUUUCCUUGUCCUCUCCUCCCUGUCUCGGGGACCAUCCUGGCAGAGCUGGGGGACACCCGGGCACCCACCAAUGCGGUGCUGGGCUCUGGUGCCGGUUCCGGAGCCUCCCAAGCCGGGAUCCGAGCCGAUCCACCUUCCUCUGGGUACUUAAAAAGUCAACUUUAUUUAACAAAGAUAAAAUACUGCAGUUACUUCCUUGACCAGAAGCCACACGGCUGAACUUCACGCUCUUCAUUUUCCCUCUCUGGUCUAUGACGAUGAUGAUGAUGAUGAUUUCUUUGCCAAAACUCUGAUCCUGUUGCCAAACGCGAAUCCAGGAUUGUAAUGACCAUAUGUAGGAAGCACUCGGUGUCUGUAACGUAGGCUCCUCAUCCCGUCUGCAUCUUUCGGAUCUGGUUUUCUUUCUGGUGUGCCAUAGGCCAAUUUCUCGCACAGUGUUUAAUAUUUUGUGGAAUUGUUGUUCAGAAGUGAAUUGAUAACACAAUAAAAAAGCUCACUUUUCAUUUUG